GCACUCGGGCGGCCGCCGCCGCGCGCUCCGCCCGCACCAUGUCGGUGCGCGUAGACCAUCGGGAUCGAGACCGAUUCUCGAGACAUUCUUCCCGCGCUUCUGUCGACUUAGCUUUUCCGAGCAGUUCUGCUCGCGACCACUCGUUUAGGUCUGUGCAUUCGGCCCGCGUGCCGAGAGUAGCUAGCGAUGACUUGAUGGUGCCCGUGCGCACGCUGCGGUCGGCAUCGUGUCGCGUAACUCCGGGCGCCCCUCAUCGCCUGCGCCGCCACCAUUCCUCGGCAGCGGAAUGCGAGCGCGCUCGGCGUUCGCGCCGUCACACCUUGGAGCUUCCGAACAGCCGGGGGCCCAGUGUGCGCAGCAGGUCUCCGGAGCCGCCCCCGCCGCCCGUCGAGCCCGAGAUCCCGCCCGAGGAAGCCGGGAAGGAAGCGAGGAGACGGCGCGUGGUGGCAGCCGUCGCGGCGUCGUUCUUCGCGCUCGCGCUGGCGUCGGUCCUCGUGGUGGUGGUGACGCUGACUCACAGCUAUGUGCUGCGAGCUCACAACCAAACGACCAAUUCGCCAGGAGAACGAGCGCAUGAUGCACGACGUCCAGCAGGCGGGGGUCUUAAAUCGCACCCAGUCCUCGGGGGCAUUGCGCUGACGCCGCGUUACUCGCCGCGUCCUCGCCUGGACAACGUCCGCCCGGCAGCCGCGCCUCCCGAGGAACCGGUCGAUACCGGGCCUUCACCGGAUCCGGCGCCAGAUGACCCACACGCCGCCCCACAACCGCUCGCUCUCAGACAACCCGUGACAGAAGUCACCCCCACCACCACGUGAGCUUCAUUCGCGGACGUAACGAAGUGAACGCACAAACUGACAGCGCCGGCUGUGACAAUGUGGACAGAGAGAAUUUUCAUAGACUAAGUUACUCGCACGUUGGCGGGUUGGUGACGCCGCAAGCUGUAGGUAGCUAAUGUGAAUUUGUGAAUAGUCAAGAAUGAAAUGUUACUUGUUGAAAUGUAUCGGGUAGGGUGUAAAAGACAACACGUCAGUAAUCAGGUAGAUGAGAUGCUGCUGACUUAACAUAUGACUAAAUGUAGGCUGAAGGAAGAAAUUUAAUUUAACACGCUAGACCUUUUUGGGUAUAAAGUUGCGACUGAGUAAAACCUUUAGGUAGUAAUCAUAAUAGUAGCCGAAUUAAUAUUACACUGAAUAUGGUAAAAUCAAUCGUAGAUUACGCAACCCCUAAGUUAGACAACCUUGGGAUCAAUCUUGUGGAACGGAUAAUAAAUUACAUUUCUUUCUUGAGCUAAUAUUAGAUUAUAAUAAAUGUUGAUGUUUGAAGUGAAUGUGCCAUACCAUGCACUAUGAAGUAUUCUGAUGUUGAGACUAACGCCCAUAUAAAAUAAAAUGUUGUAGGUUAUUAAAUUAGUAAUUGAAUCAGGUGUAAACUAUAAAAAUGUUAUUAUAAUGAAAAAUUUAAAUAUUGCCUAUAAUUUUACCGAUAAGUGCACACACAAUUUGUAUAAUUUAAAUUCAUCACAGUACAAUACUCUCACUUAAAUAAUUACUGUUUAUUCUAUCAGAUUACUCAGAGUUUAUUUUAUUAAAACUUAUAAAGGCUUGUGGCUUAAGCACAAUAUUUUUUAGUUUGAACUAUACUUCAAGUAUUCACAACCUAGUCGAAAGAGCUUUCAAAACUGUGCUUAAUCUGUUAAGAAUAAGAGCUUUUUGUAAGUAGUUGUUGUAGAUAUAUAUGUGGAACGACAAGUGUUAUGUCGUUAUUAGGGGAGCAACGCAAUCAGGCAAUGGUUUGAGGUUAAUCGAUUAUGUUAACCGUUGAUAGUGCGGUAACGUAGAGCAAUAGAGGUGAUACGGUACGUCGCUGGGUUUAACGAGAGUGCGCAUUUUUAAUAUGUAGGUAGGCACUACCUGAUAUUAAUAUUGUUAACAUGGUUUCUCUCUUUAUUUUAAUGCAUUUUUAUUUAAACGCUUUUAUUUAAGACCAAUGUGCUUUUGUGGACCGCAGAGAUACAUCAUCACAAAAAAUUAUAAAUAAAUGAAGAGAAAGACAAGAAAAAAUUACAACCAUUUUAUAAUAGAAUUUAAAGCCUUAUGGU